AAUUAUAACUUCUUCUCCGGACAGAAUUAAACCCAACAACAUUCUCUCGGACUCAUACCCACCCAACACACAAAUCUCCCUCUCUGUAAACCCAAAACCCAGACAUUAUUGAUGUUUCCAAGAAGCAAACAUUUCUGAAGCUCGAUUUUGAUUGUGGAACAACAUUAUUCAUAGUCUCACUGCAUACAGAAGCCGGAAACAGACAUUCAUUACCAAUUGUUAAGCUCAUUGCCGUCCAUAUUCUCACGCUGGAAACCUGAAGCGGAAUGCUAAAAAGGGGUUUUGAUUAGUUCUUUCAAAAGCAGACAGAUAGUAUCAGAUUUCACUCUUUCUUUCCAUAAGUUUCUAUUUGGAGAAAAAUGGCAGAAAAUACAGAGACACCAACAAAACCCAUGGCAGCAGAAUUAAAUGAGAAGAAGAAAGCAGAACAGAGUUUACCUUUUUAUCAACUCUUUUCAUUUGCAGACAAAUAUGAUUUAUUUCUUAUGAGUGUAGGAACUGUUGGAGCCAUUAUUCAUGGUUCUGCUACUCCUAUUUUUUUCCUUUUAUUUGGUGAAAUGGUUAACGGGUUCGGUAAAAAUCAAUCUGACUUUCAGAAAAUGACUAGUGAAGUUUCAAAGUAUGCUCUGUAUUUCGUCUACUUCGGAUUUGUUGUUUGCAUUUCAUCAUACGCUGAGAUAUCAUGUUGGAUGUACACUGGGGAGAGACAAGUGAUUACAUUGAGGAAGAAAUAUUUAGAAGCAGUGUUGAAACAAGAUGUUGGAUUCUUUGAUACAGAUGCUAGAACUGGAGACAUUGUCUUUAGCGUUUCUACUGAUACUCUUCUUGUUCAAGAUGCCAUUAGUGAAAAGGUGGGAAAUUUCAUACACUAUCUUUCAACAUUUCUAGCUGGAUUAGUGGUAGGUUUCAUAUCAGCAUGGAAGUUGGCACUAUUGAGUGUGGCUGUGAUACCGGGGAUCGCCUUUGCUGGUGGUUUAUAUGCUUAUACGCUCACUGGUCUCACUUCCAAGAGCCGAAAGUCCUACGCAAAUGCUGGAAUAGUCGCCGAGCAGGCCAUUGCACAAGUACGGACAGUUUACUCGUUCGUGGGAGAGAAUAAGGCCUUAAAUUCUUACUCAGAUGCAAUACAGACCACAUUGAAACUUGGUUACAAAGCUGGAAUGGCCAAAGGCCUAGGAAUCGGAUGUACAUAUUGUAUUGCAUGCAUGUCCUGGGCCUUGGUUUUCUGGUAUGCAGGAGUUUUCAUAAGGAAUGGGCAGACAGAUGGCGGGAAGGCCUUCACAGCAAUUUUCUCGGCCAUUGUUGGGGGCAUGAGCUUGGGACAAUCAUUUUCGAACUUGGGAGCCUUUAGCAAAGGGAAAGCAGCUGGGUACAAACUAAUGGAAAUUAUCAAGCAAAAGCCUUCUAUAAUACAGGAUUCCACUAAUGGGAAAUGUUUGACAGAGCUUAAGGGGAACAUAGAACUAAAAAACAUAACCUUUAGCUACCCAUCCCGACCAGAUGUCAUCAUCUUUCGGAAUUUUUCGAUUUCAUUUCCUGCUGGAAAGACAGUUGCUGUGGUUGGGGGAAGUGGAUCUGGCAAGAGUACUGUUGUAUCUCUUAUCGAAAGGUACUACGAUCCACAUGAGGGACAGGUUUUGUUGGAUGGCACAAAUAUUAGGAACCUGCAAUUGUCAUGGCUACGAGACCAAAUUGGAUUGGUGAACCAAGAACCAGCUCUUUUUGCUACCACCAUUCUAGGAAACAUACUAUAUGGAAAGCCUGAUGCAACCAUGGAAGAAAUUGAAGCUGCUUCUGCUGCUGCCAAUGCACAUAGUUUCAUUUCAUUACUCUCUGAUGGUUAUAACACACAGGUGGGAGAACGAGGAGUCCAACUAUCUGGUGGUCAGAAACAAAGAAUUGCCAUUGCAAGAGCUAUGCUAAAGGAUCCCAAAAUUCUUCUUCUUGAUGAGGCCACCAGUGCCUUGGAUGCAGGCUCUGAGAGCAUUGUCCAAGAGGCUCUAGACCGCCUCAUGGUUGGCAGAACUACGGUUGUUGUUGCACAUCGCCUUUCUACCGUCAGAAACGUUGACAGGAUAUCUGUUAUCCAGCAAGGCCAAGUUGUUGAGUCUGGGACCCACGAAGAAUUGAUUGCUAAAGUUGGUGCUUAUGCAUCCUUAGUUCAUUUCCAGGAGAUGGCAAGAUAUAAAGACUUCAGUAUUUCCUUAUCCCACCGUUCACGGUCGUCACGUCUAAGCCAUUCAUUAUCAACCAGGUCACUGAGCCUCCGAUCAGGGAGCUUAAGGAAAUUGAGUUAUCAGUAUAGUACAGGGGCAGACGGUCGGUUAGAAAUGAUAUCCAACGCUGACACUGAAAGGAAGAACCCCGCACCAGAUGGGUACUUUUUUAGGCUACUUAAAAUGAACGCACCUGAAUGGCCUUAUGCAAUUAUAGGGGCAGCAGGAUCAGUCUUUUCUGGAUUCAUUGGCCCAACCUUUGCUAUCGUCAUGAGCAAUAUGAUUGAGGUGUUUUACUAUAGAGAUGCCUUGGCAAUGGAGAGGAAAACAAAGGUGUUUGUCUUCAUAUACAUUGGAACCGGGAUUUACGCAGUAGGCGCGUAUUUGAUUCAGCAUUAUUUCUUCAGUAUUGUUGGUGAAAACCUAACAACUCGAGUGCGAAGGAUGAUGCUUGCAGCAAUCCUAAGGAAUGAAGUGGGUUGGUUCGACGAGGAGGAGAAUAACUCAAGCCUCGUUGCUGCUCGUUUGGCCACCGAUGCUGCAGAUGUGAAGUCUGUUAUGGCAGAGAGGACUUCUGUGAUACUGCAGAACAUGACUUCACUUUUAACAUCUUUCAUAGUCGCUUUCAUUAUUGAGUGGAGAGUCUCACUUCUCAUUCUUGCAAUUUUCCCUCUUCUAGUCCUUGCGAAUUUCGCUCAGCAACUUUCUCUGAAAGGGUUUGCUGGAGACACUGCCAAGGCACACGCAAAAACCAGUAUGAUUGCUGGGGAAGGUGUGAGCAACAUCCGCACUGUAGCUGCGUUCAAUGCACAAGAAAAGAUCCUCGAACUCUUUUGUAAUGAAUUGCAGGUCCCACAACUCCAAAGCCUUCGCCGUAGUCAAUCUGCAGGCCUUCUCUUUGGUCUUUCCCAGCUUGCUCUCUAUGCAUCCGAGUCCCUUGUUCUUUGGUACGGCGUCCAUCUAGUCGGCAGAGGUAUCUCCACCUUCUCCAAGGUCAUCAAGGUCUUCGUCGUCCUCGUCAUCACUGCUAAUUCUGUUGCAGAAACUGUCAGCCUGGCCCCUGAAAUUAUCCGUGGUGGAGAUGCAAUCAGUUCAGUAUUUUCAAUCCUUGACCGGUCAACGGAAAUUGAGUCUGAUGAUCCAGAAGCUGAAACAGUAAAAACUGUUCGGGGAGAUAUUGAAUUACAGCAUGUUGAUUUCUGUUACCCAUCUAGACCCGAGCUUAAUGUGUUUAAAGAUCUCAGCCUCAGAGUUCGCGCUGGACGAAGCCAGGCUCUUGUUGGUGCAAGUGGUUCUGGUAAGAGCUCUAUCAUUUCACUGAUCUUGAGAUUUUACGACCCAACAGCCGGUAAAGUCAUGAUUGAUGGAAAGGACAUUCGACGUUUAAACUUAAAGUCACUGCGUGUGAAGAUCGGACUGGUGCAACAAGAACCAGCAUUGUUUGGAGCGACCAUUCUCGAGAAUAUCGCGUAUGGGAAGGAAGGAGCAACAGAGGGAGAAGUGAUCGAGGCAGCACGCGCAGCACAUGUACAUGGUUUCGUGAGUGGAUUACCAGAUGGGUAUAAGACUCAAGUAGGGGAGAGAGGUAUACAACUAUCAGGUGGACAGAAACAGAGGAUUGCAAUUGCCAGGGCUAUCCUCAAAGACCCAGCAAUUUUGUUGUUGGACGAGGCCACGAGCGCACUUGAUGCAGAGUCAGAGUGUGUAUUGCAAGAAGGAAUUGAGAGGUUAAUGAGAGGAAGAACCACGGUGAUUGUAGCUCAUAGACUAUCGACAAUUAGACUGGUUGACUGUAUAGGAGUAGUACAAGAUGGGCGCAUUAUAGAACAAGGUAGUCAUUCUGAAUUGGUGAGUACAAGCGAGGGUGCUUAUUCUAGACUCUUGCAGUUGCAACAUCAUCGUAUGUGAUUCAGGGGUUGUCAGGAUAAUAAAUGUUUUAUGGUAUCAUGUUUUUAGGACUCGUUGCUUCACAGUUUUUCAUCUGCAUUUUAGCUAUUCUCUGUGCGUGGAGACAAAUUAUCUCCUGGGAGUUGAGGAACUCUUGAAGUAACCACCCCAUGGCAACAACUUCACA